CCACCGUCUUGUAUAUAUAUAGUCGUCCAUCGUCUCCUUCAACACCACCUGCGAAGACAAAACAAGAGUGUCUCAGUUUUCUGCUUCUGCUCUUCAUCCAUUUUCAGACAAGAGACAAUGAGUCCUCGAGUUCUGCAAGCUCUUGUCUUCAUGGGUCUAUUGGCCACGUCAUGUCUCGCCCAGGCUCCGGCGCCUGCACCUACGGUGGUUCUCCCACCGCCGGCGACUCCUCCCACGGUGGUCACACCUCCUCCGAUGGCUACACCACCUGUUCCGGUGAACGAGCCCGCUCCGUCUCCGACCAAUACCCCUUCCUCCUCGCCGCCUUCGUCGUCUCCGGUGGCUUCUCCGCCGAAGGUACAGUCUCCAACCGGAGGACCCUCCGGCGCUCCGGCUCCGGGACCAGCAGCAGAUGCCUCGCCGCCUGCCUCGGCCGCCUGGGCUAACAAGGCUUUCUUCGUUGGCACCGCCAUUGCCGGUGCCUUGUACGCCGUCGUUUUGGCCUAGAUUUGGAAUGGUACCGUACGUGCAUGGAGGCUGCUCUCGAUCAUGGUUUGUAUGAGAUCUGUUUCUUUUUUGUUAAUUUCAUAUUUAUACAUUUUGUUUUGUUUUUUUUUUAUGUUGUUUUAAACGCGGAUGAUGAUCGUUUUGGUGUUUUACAUAUAUUACUAUGACACUUAUAUCUUGUGAUUGGGCCCCUAAUGUAAAAACCAACCUU